AUGACCAAAUGGUAUUUAUACCAAGAAUACAAGCGACUCCUUGGCCGGGAAGAGGUGUCGGAGUGCGGCCAAGCUGAGCAGGAUUCCGGGUUCCCGCCAGCUCUGGGUGACGAACAGCUAGGCGAAAGCAGAAAGUACUGCAGGCCGGGCACAGGGUGCAAGGCCAGCCGGGAGGGCGGCCGUCUAGGCGCGCGGACAGAGCCCCUGGAGACUCCCGAGGUCGGGCCAGCCUCGUGCCACGGGCGGGGCGGGGCGGUGGCAGGAGGCGGCUGCAGAGGGUCUCGCGGCACUGCUGGUGGCCAUGGUUCCCGCACCCAGAAGGAGCUGCCCACAGAGCCCCCCUACACAGCGUAUGUCGGAAAUCUACCUUUUAAUACGGUUCAAGGCGACAUAGAUGCUAUAUUUAAGGAUCUCAGCAUAAGGAGCGUACGACUAGUCAGAGACAAAGACACAGACAAAUUCAAAGGAUUCUGCUAUGUAGAAUUUGAUGAGGUGGAUUCCCUUAAGGAAGCCUUGACAUACGAUGGCGCACUGUUGGGUGAUCGGUCACUUCGUGUGGACAUUGCAGAAGGCAGAAAACAAGAUAAAGGUGGCUUUGGAUUCAGGAAAGGUGGACCAGAUGACAGAGGAAUGGGUGGCCCUCGAGAAUCUAGAGGUGCAUGGGAGUCCCGGGAUGACUUCAAUUCCGGCUUCAGGGACGACUUCUUAGGAGGCAGGGGCGGGAGUCGCCCCAGUGAUCGGCGAACAGGCCCCCCAAUGGGGAGUCGUUUCAGAGAUGGUCCUCCCCUACGAGGGCCCAAUAUGGAUUUCAGAGAACCAACAGAAGAGGAAAGAGCACAGAGACCACGGCUCCAGCUUAAACCUCGAACAGUUGCAACACCCCUCAACCAAGUAGCCAAUCCCAACUCUGCUAUCUUCGGGGGAGCCCGGCCCAGAGAGGAAGUUGUUCACAAGGAGCAAGAAUGAGCUGGCGGUUGGGAGGGAAUGGGGUACAGGGGCAGUUAGAGCAAGCCCGAAGCCUGGCAGCCCCCUGGACCGGCAGUCCUGCAGUUACCAUUCCUGCGCCUGACCUUUGUCCUCCUUUCUUACAAAGGAAACACAGAGCUUGUGAGUGCAUGUCAGCAGUUAACAAGUGGUUUUUAGUACAUUCUUGGCUUUGCUGUAUCUAGUGCCUGUUUCGUGCUUUUUUUUUUUUUUCUGCCACUCCUUUCCCCAUUUCCUUCUGUCCUUUUUCCUUCUUGUUCCUUGUUUCCUUCCAGCACAUGAGUCUCUAAAGGGACAAAAGGCAGCCACCAUGUGGGGAGCUCUUCGAAUUGAGGUGCUGCUUCAUUUUUCUCCUCCGCUUUCUCUUUUUACUUUAAACACACUGGCCAGACUCCAGUCACUUCCUUUGAUUUCAUUUUUUUUUUAGUGCUUCUCUUCCGACCUGCAUGUUGAGUUCUGUAUUUCUGUGGCUUUCACAUACACAUACACAUACACAUACACAUACACAUACACAUACACAUACACAUACACAAAACGAAAAUAAAUAACAGAAAAGAAGUCACAAAUUGGAUAGCAUCUUGUUUUUAUUCAGCUUUGAUCAACAUACAGAUUUUGAAACACCUUGUUUUCAAAACAAGGAUAAAAUGUCUGUUGAUUCUUGCAGAUUUCCUCCCAUCCUGUUUAUAGGUAGUCCUGUCUCUAUGGCCCCUUCCCUAGAUGGAUUAUUUGAAUAGGUUCCAAUUUUAAACAGUGAAACCUAAAGGAUAGUGUGAGAUGUUAGUAGGGAGUUUACACGGGAGGAUCAGUUGAAUGCACUACUGUGUUCACAUGUUUUACUGCUUUUUCAACACUGUCCAAACUGGUUCCCUCCUUCACCAGCUGUACGAGAGGCUCCUCUGUCUGGCUGAAUGUACCGAACUGCCUGCUGCUGGUUUCCUUUCUACUGGGCACAGGUGCUUUGGGGGUCUAAAGGGUAGGGGUGGGGGGGUGGUAGAGCUGUGCUGGGCUCGCUUUAUAGUGUGAACAUUGCUUUUUCCAAAUCCCUGUUAUCUGUGUAUUCUGCAUCUCUCCCUUGCAUUUAUCUGUUUCCUAGUUUAACAAUGAGAUACUGUGCUUCCCACCAUCCUUUACUUUUAUAAUGAAAAUUAAAAUGGGCCUAGAAUCUGGCACUUUACUCUGUUUCACUUGAUGAAUUGAGAAUUUUACUAUAUAUAGCUAUCAAGAACCUUAAAAUAAUUGGUAGGUGGCUGUGAGUUACUAGGUUUCAUCUUUAGGACAAAGUUCAUUGUUCCCACAUACAGUAUUCAGCAUUUACCCAGGGCUAGGGGUCUAGGCAAUAGCUUUUGAGCUUGAACACCCAUGUGUGGACAAAUCAAAUUCAUCAGCACCUGAGUCCCACUCGUUUUAUUGGGAGAAAUUCGGGGUCAGCCAGCAGCUAGAGCGGUAGAGAAAAAAGGCCCUCGCCAGCGUGCAGGAGGGCUGAGGGGAAUCCUGGCCUUAGCUCAGAGUGCUCAGAUAGUAGUUAGUCCCUAGCUGGUGUCCUUGACGUCUACUCUGUCUUUGUGACAAGGUCUCAGCCGUUUGCAGAACUCUCCCUUCUUUCCUUCCACCUGUCAUCUUUGCUUCUGAAAUAAGAACCAUUUGUGUAACACCAAUACUUAACUUAAGAAAGACAUGCAUUAUGUGGUUGUAACCAAACCUGAUGCUUUCAGAUGACCUACUUAUAUCUUCAAUGUGGAAAAGAUUAAGAACAAAACAAAUUCAUCUACACUUCUGGGCAAUCCAGUUGACUUUUAAAUGUAAGAAUGGAAUUCCAAACACUUAACACAUUCAACUAUAUGACAGAAAGUAAAUCUAUGGAUAUGGUAUUUUGUGAAUGAUCUUUUAAAUAAAAGAAAACCUUACGUAAUAUUUAA